GCACGCGCGCAAGCAGACGACAGCACCAAUCGCUAGUCGUCAUUCAAUUGUUUUCAUUUAGUGAGAGGGGAGGGGGAGAGGAGGAAGGGGGAGUCUGUCUGAGUCGUCUGAGUGUUGGAGAAUGAACAAAAAUCUAGCUUGGUUAUUAGGCCGUGUGCCUGCAUGUGUGAGCAUCACCCCUCGUCCAGUCAUCCAGCGAACCUCAACAUUGCUAUGGAGCCCUCCACCUGCUUUAAUCCAGGGUGCCACCCGAAAUUAUGCCGCUCGCGCACACACACGAGCCAAAAAAGAAAAGCUAAAGCAGAAAAACAAGGCUGCUAAAAAAGAAAAGGAAGCCGUCUCUAAGGACUUUAAACAACAACUCUUGACCAGAAUCCAGAAAGUUCAAGUUCAAUCUCUGUUUCCAAAGAAUGAGUCUGAAAAACCAGUUGCUGUAGAUAAUGUCUAUUUCAGCAGUUCCUACAAAUGGCCAUGCAUGGAUGUACUCACAGCAAUAAAAAACUUCAAAGAAGUUCAUCAUCCCACUAUGUUUGACAAUCCGAAGGCAUUGGUCAAAGCCUAUUUUGAACUGGACUUGAGCACAAAAAAGAAGACACAAUUUAUGGACAGAUUUGCUGGUGUUGUCGAAGUACCACAUGUGUUUGAAACAGGCAAGCCAAUCCGAACCGUUUGUCUGUUUUGCAAAGAUAAGAACCUCAUUGAAGCAGCGUUGGCAGCUGGUGCUAAUGCUGCAGUAGGACUGGAAGGCAUCAAAAUGUUUCAGGAGGGUGCACUAGACUUUGAAGAUUAUGACAUUAUUCUUGCACACCCUGACAUACUCACAGAACUUGCACCAAUUCGAGGCCUUAUCAUAAAAAAAUUUCCCAACAUUAAGAGAGGAACUGUGGGGUUUGAUGUUGUGAGUCUUGUUAAUAAGUUCAAAAGAGGUGUAGAUUAUGAAAUGAACCCAAGUAUCCUGAAUCCAAGGCAGGGUUUAGUGCAGACUCCAAUUGGCACGGUGGACAUGCCUGCCUCUGAAAUUGAAAAGAAUUUUGUUGCUGUGCUGGAUGCUGUUUCAUCUCACAAACUAGCAAAUAUGUCAAAUGCAUUUUUCACAGGAGGAGCCAUCACAAGUGAAUUUUCAAAUGAAAGGUUCAAAGUGUCGCUUGAUCCUUACCUAACAGACAGUGACGAAGAUAUUGAGAAAGAAGAACCAGCAAAAGGAGUCAAGACUGCCGCAGUGAAUGCUUGAAUGUGGUCAUUCAAAUUGACUUAGAAAAAGUUUCAUCUUACCUCAGUUUCACUAUGCUUUGUGCUGUAAAAUAAAAUUGUCUUUUAUUUCCUAAAAAAAUAUGUGCACAGUUUUUACCUUACAAGUAAUGCACAACCAAAUUCAUCAAUAAUAAUUAUAUUAUUAUAUUUACCUACCAA